AUGUCGCUGUUAUCCUUUCUCGUUCUCAGUGUCACUCUCACCUCAGCUUACUUCUACGUCUGCCAUCGUUCCCUAGCUUCUCGCAUCCACCCCGUCCUCCAUAUCGGCACUCUCCCCGAAUCCCUAUCUUCCUCUAUCCUUUCCAUUCCUCCUGCCGUCUACACAAAACAGUACUUCUCCCUUUAUAAUCAUGCCUCACGCUCCGUUCCGCGCCGACUACUUCCAUCGAACGAUCUCCCAGCUCUCUUUGUUCUGCUCCUCCGUCGCAACCUAACCGUCUUCUCCCACUUCCCCAAAGCCUGGAAACAACGGUCCACCUGCCCCAGGGAAGUACGUAGGACCUUCCGUUCUGCGUAUAUACAAUCUUUGGACUUUAACGAAGGCGACGUUGUCUGCAAAGUGUACCGGGUGCUAGUCCGGAAGCCAGAUCGUGUGGAAUUCGAUGUGGACAUGGACGAGUGUGACGGGCGGUGGGUGAUGCGGUACUGGGAGGAGGGUGAGGACGUGGUCUUUGCCAGUGAGACAGUCAGCUGGCGCCCGACUGAGACAGAAACCUCAAUGCCGGGGGAGAAUCGCAUGUUGCGGUUGAUCCAUGAGACAAUGGCGUGGUGGUUGUUGGACUCGGGGGUGGGGUAUCUGAUGGAUUUGGAGGGGGAGCUGGGGCCGGAGGAGGAAGAGACAGAGGAUAAAGAGCUGGUCAAGUAG